GUCAUGGUCUGGUUUUUCUCGUCUCGUUGUCUGGCGGAUGUUGGAUCCCGUCAACCAAUGGCGCUCCGCCGGACCUUCGCUGGAGUUCCCUCCCUAGUCCGGUUCAUAGUAUAAGCUUACCAGCCCAUCUCACCAUAUUAAAAGCGAGCCAAAGUCGCACUUCGGACAUGGUGCUAACCAUAUAUCGUUUAUUUUAGCUUUCCAUUUCUUCUAUUUUUCUAGUCCUGUUUCUAGAGUUUAGACGGGCCUGGGCCUUGCGUCAGUGUACGAUUUCUUCGACUCCUUAUUGUCUUGCCUCUUGAUUGGGAAUUAUGAGCUCCAACACUCUGAAGCAAGCCGCGGAAGCAGCACGAACUAAGUCGUCCGCCAUGAGCAAGCAAGGCUCAGAGACCGUUGCCGCCGUGGGAAAUGAUUUCCUACACACCCCUGUUAUGCGGGCGGCCCUUCCCUUCCUCAACGGCGGUGUAUCUGGGAUGGUGGCGACUACUGUUAUCCAACCCGUGGAUAUGAUCAAAGUACGAUUACAACUUGCAGGUGAGGGUGUUGCUACUGGACCGAAACCUACUCCGUUAUCGGUCACGCGAGAUAUUCUCGCCCAGGGCAAAGUCCUCGACUUAUACACCGGUCUCUCGGCUGGUUUACUUCGCCAAGCUGUAUACACCACAGCGAGAUUGGGCUUUUUCGACACGUUUAUGAAGAGCUUAGCAGUUCGCGCCAAGGAGAAGGGCACUCAAAUCAGCUUUGUUGAGCGAGCGAGCGCAGGUCUUGCGGCGGGUGGGAUAGCAGCCUUCGUCGGAAACCCAGCCGAUCUUGCCCUCAUUCGUAUGCAGUCGGAUGGCCUCAAACCUAUCGCCGAGCGGAAGAACUACAAGUCCGUCAUCGAUGCGUUAUCGACGAUCGUCAAGUCCGAAGGAGUCACCGCACUAUGGGCGGGUGCUACACCAACAGUGGUACGAGCCAUGUCACUCAACUUAGGUCAACUAGCCUUCUUCUCGGAAGCCAAAGCCCAACUCAAGACACGCACCACCUGGUCCGCUCAAUCGCAAACUUUAACAGCCAGUGCUAUUGCCGGUUUCUUCGCCUCAUUCCUUAGCUUACCCUUCGAUUUCGUGAAAACGAGACUACAGAAGCAGCAACGCGGUCCCGACGGCAAACUACCGUACAAGAGUAUGACGGACUGCUUCGUCAAGGUUGCAAAGCAGGAAGGCCUAACGCGCUUUUACCGUGGAUUCGGCACGUAUUACGUGCGUAUUGCCCCGCACGCCAUGGUUACUUUAAUUGUCGUGGACUAUCUCGGCUGGUUGACUAGAUGAUUUAGUAACCCCGAUUUUUAUAACUAAUAACGGUCUUUUUUUUGUUAUUUUCCUUUUAUAUGUAUCUUCGCGCAAAAGCUGUCUGAAGAAACUGGCCGGGGCGUUUAAACGGUUAUUAUCGUGGGAUAGCAUCGACAAAUGUCAUUUAUUGGGGGAUUGAUUCA